GAGUUUCCCCCCGUUCAUUGGUGGUAAACUUGCGGCACAGUAGCGUUGAAGUUCACCUAACCUAAGCUAAUAUUACUACUGGCUUAAUUUAGCCCCGGCCUGCAGCCUCGGUACUGUGUGUGUGCUCUUCCUGUAAAAGAGGAACCGACCCUAAUAAGAGUGUUUCUUUUCUUCUUUUUUUCUUUGGAGAAACGGAGAUAUUAAAAUAUCACGCUCUCUAUCGCGGUACCCCAGCUACUGUCCACAACACCAGCUGUCAUUAGCUCGGCAUGCUAGCACGUUAGCACAAGAGCAGUGUAUUGUAAUAUUCUAAUUAACAGUGAAUAGCUUUGUCGACUGUAAACGUGGACGCCGUGUGGCGGGACUGCAACCGUUAGUUAGUUUGACUUGGUGGAAGGAAGAGUCUCUUUUCAAUGUCACUGUGAUAGUCAAAGUAUCACAUGAUAAUAUUGUCAAAACCUUUAUUCACAAAUAAAUAGGACCGAUGCAACGUUUUAAUAACCUUUUUAACUGUGUAAUUUCACUGUAAAGAGUCUUUCCAGUUGAUAUUUGUAGCUAUGUGUAACGUUACUUUACACUAACAUGGAUUCAUUUAGCAAAAAAAGUUGUUUAUGUUGAUAUUUGUGAAUUUAAAGACGUGUCUAAGAGUUAUGCAUAACAAAAACAACACAUUGUCCUAUGCUGUGUUUAUGUACAAUUAAUUACAGGUUGAGAGCUUUUUCUUAUUCAGCUUGUUUCUACAGGGUCCAGAAAUCAAUUAAUCCAAAGAAAAUAUAAAUAUUCCAAGAAUAUAAGUGUAAAUACACUUUUAAAUAUAUAUAUUUAUUACAUUUUGUGUAUAUUUAUUAUUAUGGGUGCCACCAUAAACACAACACAAGACCUUAAAUAAACAUUUUAAGAGGAGUGGGCCUACACUGCAGGUGAGAUGGCCCUGAAUUGUACCCUGUUUCGUAUUAGGAACAAAUCUGAUUCCCUAAUUGGCGUGAUAUCUGGCGUGAUAUCUGGGAGUAAAACGUUUUGACAUUGCCUCUAGCUAGUUAAAGCAAACGUCUAUUAAAGUUUGUCAAUUUUGUCACUAUUGAACAGUCAAUCAAGACUUUUAACUCUAAAAACUACAACAAACCUUGACAUUUAAAUAGUUGGUUUGUCAUUAAAAUUAUGUGUUGUUCACUGUGACUGCUAGAUGUCAAAUGUUAGGGGACACAAACAAAAGAGGGAUGUGUAAAAUCAUCAGGUAAUUGUGCUUAUGCGUAACACCUUUAGUAGUGAGGAACUUUCACUCUAAAAAACUUUGAAUUAGUCAUUGAAUCUGUUGUAAACCAUCUUUUCUCACCCUCAGGAUAUGUUAUCCUUGACGUGCCUCAAGUUCAAACAAUAAGUCGUACAUUGCUGUGAUUCAAAGUACACCAAAACCUUAAAACGCUCUUCGUCCUGGUGGGUCAGUGAUCUCAGGCCAUGCUAAAUGAGAUGCCUUGGGUUUGAAUCUAUGAGGAUCUUUGCCGCAUUGCACUGCCCUCUCUCUCCUCCAGGCUAAACUAUCCCACUGAGAUGACAACGCCUUACCAAAUGGAGAUUAAUAACCAAUGCCUGGGUUUAACCUGGAGCCCGAUGACAACACGUCCUUUUACAUCCUAAAUGUGGGCCAGCCCCAGUCUAUGGUCACCAACCACCAGUCUAUCGGCCUGCCUCGCCAUGGCAUGCAGUCCCACUCCCAAAUCAUCAGCAACUCCCAACGCCUUUACUCGCACAAACCAGGACCCGAGCCUCCGAGCUAUGGGGCGCAGGCCUCCAAGUAUGGCACCUCCCCUCUGCUGCCCUCUGCUCCCCUGGAGGCACCGAAGGCCUUUGAGUGCCCCAGUAUCCAGAUCACUUCCAUCUCCCCCAGCUGCCAGCAGGAGAUGGAUGCCAAUGAGGAGGAUCUGAGGGCCAAUUGUCCCGAUGGGGACUACCACGGCGACAGGCCCCUGUCCAGAGACCACCUUUACUUGCCCCUGGACCACGCGUACCGGGACUCUUCGCUCAGCCCCAGUCCGUGCAGCAGCCUCUCCUCCAGGAGCUGGUUCUCUGACGCCUCCUCCUGUGAGUCCUUCUCACACGUCUACGACGACGUUGACUCCGAGCUGAAUGAAGCGGCCGCGCGCUUCACGCUGGGCUCCCCUCUCACCUCCCCGGGCUGUGUCUCCCCUCAAACCGGCGGUGGGGUUCUGGAGGAGCAGCCCCACUGGCAGCACCACCACCCCGCCUUUGUGCACCACUCUCACUCCGUCAGCCUGUCGCCCCGACAGUCCCCCUGUCACUCGCCACGCACCAGUGUCACUGACGAAAAUUGGCUGAGCCCGCGGCCGCCUUCCAGGCCUUCCUCGCGUCCCACCUCGCCCUGCGGCAAGAGGCGCCACUCCAGCGCCGACAUCUGCUACCCCGGCUCGCUGUCUCCCCAUCACUCACCCACGGCCACACCGGGACCGUCACCCAGGGGCAGCGUGACAGAGGACACCUGGGUCGGCAGUCCUUCUGUGGGCAUGUCACCCUUCCAGUGUUGCCCGUCCGAGGCAGACAUCCCAUCCAAGACGAGGAAGACCUCACAAGACAGAACGUCUAUGCAAACGGGGAAAGGGGAGCUGGGGCUGGAUGACCAAGGAAAUAUGUCUCCUAAUCUGGACUCUCCUUCAGACGACGGCUUGCACAGCCUGAAGAAAGAUGGGCCCGGGGAACAGUUCCUCUCGGUGCCCUCUCACUUCUCGUGGAAUAAACCCAAACCCGGUCAUACACCUAUAUUCAGGACCUCUUCACUGCCUCCACUCGAUUGGCCACUGCCGAGCCAGUUUGGCCAGUACGACCUGAAGAUAGAGGUCCAGCCUAAAGCCCACCACCGAGCGCACUAUGAGACGGAGGGCAGCCGAGGAGCCAUCAAAGCAGCGUCCGGAGGCCACCCGAUAGUCAAGCUCAUUGGCUACAGUGAGAAGCCCAUCAACCUGCAGAUGUUCAUCGGAACAGCAGACGACCGUUACUUGAGGCCGCACGCCUUCUACCAGGUGCACCGGAUCACCGGGAAAACCGUAGCCACAGCCAGCCAAGAAAUUGUAGUCUCCAGCACCAAAGUUCUCGAAAUUCCUCUCCUGCCUGAAAACAACAUGUCAGCCGGUAUCGACUGUGCUGGCAUCCUCAAGCUGCGGAAUUCGGACAUCGAGCUGCGGAAGGGGGAGACGGAUAUCGGGAGGAAGAACACACGAGUCCGCGUGGUGUUCAGAGUGCACAUCCCUCAGCCCAACGGGAAGGUGCUGUCGCUGCAGGCAGCCUCUAUUCCUGUGGAGUGCUCCCAGCGCUCGGCUCAAGAGCUGCCCCAGGUUGACAAAACCAGCCUGACCAGCUGUCUGGUCAGCGGGGGAGAAGAGAUGGUCAUCAGCGGCUCCAACUUCUUCCCAGAGUCCAAGGUCAUCUUCCUGGAGAAAGGCCCUGAUGGACGACCACAAUGGGAGGUUGAGGCAAAAAUAAUGCACGAGAAAACUCAAGGAUCGUGCAUCGUGGUGGAGGUCCCUCCCUACCACAGUAAGUCUGUGGGCUCAGCUGUGCAGGUGCAGUUCUAUGUCUGCAAUGGCAAGCGGAAAAGGAGCCAAUCCCAGCGCUUCACUUACCUUUCAGUCAUGGUGAAACAGGAGCACAGAGAAGAGCUGGACCUCUCUGCAGUACCCCCUAUGUCCAUGCCCCUGGCACACGCUGCCAGUCUGGUGCGCACUCAGCUGCCUUCUCCUGAGCAGUGCCACCCAUCGGACAGCCUUCUGUCCAGCUCCCCUCGUGGCCUGGCCGCCAGCUCCGGACCUGGCCUGCUACCCCUGCAGGCCCCCUGCUCCUCCCUGGGCUCCCCAUCUUUCCAGCACCUGCCUCACCUUCAGGGUCGCAGCUUGCACCACCCUCCCGCUGACUGCCACAUGACGUUCCACCCGAGCUCUGCCCCCGAUCCUCUUCCUGCUCCUCCCCGGCCCUCCUACCAGCCUAUGCAGCACAGCCACAGUCAUAGUCAUAGCCUGCCCUUCAACGGCCAGUCCAGCCUUCCUCCUCAGGGCUACGAGCGGAUGCCCUAUCAGCACAGCCCCAGUGCGGUGUCGCACCCAAUAAGCAUGGGAAUGGUGUACCCUUCCUCCCCUUGCUCCUCACCAUCAGCUCCCUCCUCUUCAACCACCAACCCCAUCGCUGGGUCUCCCCAGAGCCAGCAGCCCCUGCUCGCCCCCUCAUCCCCACACCUGCACACACUCGGAGGCUAUCACUGCUCCCCAAAUCCCACCCGGGUGCCCUCUCCCGGUGGCCACCCUCUUGUAGGGCGGCACUCCUCCCAACUGCAGAGGGCUAUGGGCUACCACCCGGUAAGUCAAAGGUCGUCCUCGUGUCCCACACCGUCCAGCGCCCCUGCUCCACGCAUGAUCCCCUCUCCCCACUCUGGGCCUUCCUCCCCUCAACUCCACUCGCUGCCCUACCAGUCUCCCACCUCCUCCUCCCCCACCUCUGGCGGCAGUCCUCUGGGGCCCAUGCACCAGCAGCAUUCAGGACAGCCCUCUCCCCAGGCUACAAGCCCGGUCAUGGCCAGCCUGUCCCCGGUGGCAGCGGGGCCCCUGGUUCACCCUCUAAGCCCUCAGGGGCUGUUCCCCUCGGACGGAGAGAGGCUGGACAUCAAAGAGGAGCCCGAAGAGAGGGAGCCCACCUUCCGCUCCAUCGGCCUACAGGACAUCACGCUGGACGAUGUGAAUGAAAUCAUCGGCAGAGACAUGUCCCAGUCCCCCAGCAGUCACGGUCCCCCAUCAGCACACAACCAGUCAUAGCCCAACCCACACUUGGGCCCUGACGUAGCCUUUUGGGUCAUGAACCACCUCCUCAAGCUCUCAAACCCCAACCCCGGGUCCUGGUCCUGGUGCUGGUCUCUGGUCCUGUUUCUGAUGGGACAAGGGUGCAGGAAGAGAUGAGAAAGGCCGCGGCCGAAGACAGAAUACGGUUGCACAUUCUUGUUGAAGCCUCGUGGACCUGCUACACCACCAGCCUCACAGGAAGACACUUUGAUUUCUCUUAUUUAGAGAUAUAGAUACAAACCCACACAGAUUAAAGAGAACAUGGCCAUGUCAAGUUCCAGCGAGGUUGAGAUGGUUGGAGAAUAAGAUGUGACCCGCCCCUGACCUGACCCGACCAAUCAGCUCUCCAGGACUAUGGAGCAGUCGCUCUUUCAAUAACUCUCUCUGCAGUGGAGGCGAUGCAGCCGUGUCUGUUGUCGUCCCUCUCUCACCAGCAUAGACCUUCAUGAAUGAAGACGUCUUCAGAGAUUAGGAAUAAGAAUGAGAAAACCGCAGGAGUGCACCGUGCUCUCACAGCAAGCCUGGAGCUGGGGAUCCAAAACAUCUGGACACUAAAACUCUACAAAACAUCAGCAAAAGUGUGGUGCGGCAAAACCAAUUGAAACAUGAGAAAUUUAUUAUUAUUUGUAAAAUUGUGUUCCCACAUUCAGAUCAAACAACAUUGAAGGAUCAGAAUCUCAAUUAUGAUCAAUUAAACAUUUGAAUUUGAAUAUCUGGCUGAACUUUCCAAUCAAAUCCCAGUUUGUUUUCGCUCUUGGCUCUUUGAUGACGACAUUGUCCGCUCCUCGAUUGUUUCCCUUUUUAGAUGAUAACAUCAUUCAGGUCUUGGAGUGCAGGGACCCGGCAGGGGAGGUCGUGCUCCUCCGACGCUGGUCUGGGAUCUGCAACUUGCAACAUUCCACAACUUUUAGUAACCUUGCAGCUGUGUAGAUAUCUGUACAUGAAUCAACUCCUCUCUCUCUCUCUCUCUCUCUCUCUCUCUCUCUCUCUCUCUCUCUCUUUUCCUUCCUCUGUCUAUUCUGUUUCAUCCGUUGCUUCUUCCCUCUCCUGUAUCUCUUUAUCUUCAAGUUGAACAAAUGCCUUAUUAACUCUUAGCAGCUUUGAAUGGUAGCUUAAGCUUUUUUGUUGUUGAUUUGCACAGCUGGCUUUGAGUGUGAUGAUGAUAUUGUUUCAGAAAGAUGAUUUUAUGAACCCCGAUGAGUGAUGAGCGGGUUUCAGGACUGAGUUAGCCCUCUAAUUUCUCUUCAAAGAUAUUUGAAGAUGCUCCUCACGUUACAAGGAAGUGUUUUUAUUCAUCCACAGACGUCCCUGCCUCUGAAAUGGAUUUUCAUGCAAUAACUCCCCAAAUCUCCCAGAGGCCCUAGUGUGCCUUCGACUUCCUAACAGCCACCAUACCUGUGAUGGUAUGACAGAAAAUGAUCUGACUAAAGUUUUCAAAGUAUUUUGUACCUGAAGAUGUUUAUAUACUGCAUAUAUGUAUCGUUACCCCCUCUUUAAUGAACAAGGUAAAAUCCUAAAGUCUAGCGAAGAACAUCUGGAUGCACUUUCCCUGUUUGGAACAAUCAACUGUUUGCUGUCCACAAUCAAAAUCCUUAAUAGUGUCCAGAACGGUGUCUAUUCACAAUGAUGCAUUCAGAUAUGCAGUGCCUGUACGGCAGCAAUAACAAGGAAAGAGAGUCUCCGGGCAGGUUUCAGGCGUGUGUGUGAACAGACAGACUUCCAUUCGGCUUUUCCAUUUUGUUUGCCUUAAGCUUGACAAUGAUGCUCCUGCAUGUGAGAGCUGAGGAGUGUUGCUCGUGACGGUUUUGAAGACAGUUUCCAGGUGACAAUGAUUCUGCUAUGCAUUAUAAUUCUGCCUGAUGCCUUUAAAAAUGAGGAGGAAAAAAAAAAGACAAAAAAACCCAAACCCUUGAUGCCUCUAGAAGUAGACUGUAGACUUGUUGUAGAUGCUUUGGUCCGUUCUGUUAGCAUCCUGGAGCUGUCUGUCAGCCAAUCGGCCUUGUCGAGGACGCAGUGUGAGCAUCUUAAUAGGUUCAGGUGUGUGUGUGUGUGUGUGUGUGUGUGUGUGUGUGUGUGUGUGUGUGCGUGUGUGCGUGUGCAUGCGGAUGUAUGGUUGGUGUUUGUACCAAAUAUGCUGUACAGAAGACAGGAAUUUCAAGAGUCCUAUUUUCAACAACAGAAACACACACACACACGUAUCGAGGCUAUGCAAACGAUAACAGCAGCAGAUGUGAGAUGACGUUGAAAAUGAAAAAA